AUGGCAGAGAACGGCGGAGCGUCUGGCGCGUCGCCGUCGACACGCGAAGGCAGUCAGGCGCAGUCGUUCCUGAGCUUUCCUCGACUCUCUUCGUCCACCAAGACUGGCCCCUCGGUGUCGCUCCGAGACGCCUCUGGCCCGCCGACCCAACCCCCAGAUGUGUUUCCGUCUUCGGUCCUCGCGACGCGAGGCGAGAAAAGCGCGCCGACUUUGGCCGCUUCAAAUGGUGUUUUGAGCUACAAAGCUGUGGCUGCUCGAGCUGUGUCCCAGAGAGUUGGUGGAUCGAGUGCGGCUACAUGCAGUGACAGCGAGAGGGACGCGCGCAGGGAAAGCGAGCCUUCUCGGCAGUCUCGCGCCUUUGAUGGCGACAGCGCAGGCGCAGUGCCGCCUGGAGAACGAAGACAGACCCGCCACGAGAAAACCAGCUCGUCGGCCAAGGGCGAGGACCCUCAGGAGAGCACCCAGGACAGCGGCGCCGAGGGCCUCCGGCUGGGAGGGGGGACCAGGAGCGUCGCCCCAGGGAGCGCGGCCGAAGUCUGCGAGGUCAGCGCGCGGUCGCCGUCGCCUCCGCGCUCGAAGAGAAGCAAGGGCGACCAAAGUGAGAGGGGGUCGGGUACUGGGAAGGGAGGAGAGAAGAAGGCCAACACGACUGCGAACGGCCACGGGAAGAGGAAACACAAGAAACUCCUCGAUCUGCGACUGCCCACGGCGGCCGCGUCCGACCUCCCGGUCUUUGAAAGGGAAGGAGAACAAGAUGCCCAUCUGGCCGUCAUGCUCAAACCCGGAAACCGGAAGCGCCGGAGCUGUGUCGACUCUGUCUCCGGCUGUCUCCUGUUUUGGGGCGCCAGGUGUCCGUCCAAGCUCGGGGCUGGAAGUGGCGGCGCCUGGUGUAUCGAGGGAGACAAGUGUUUGGCGUGCCACACCGAUGCCGAAUAUUUCGGCCACCCCGCGGUGUACAAGACGGUUCUCUGCACCAAUUCGAGGAGCUCGUCGAACCGCUCGUGUUGUUUCUCCUCAGCCAGUGCCGCGCCUGGCACGAGUCCGCGAAAGCGCCGAAGCGAGGCUCUCCUUGCGUUCUGUGGUCGGGUGCGAUGCUGCUGUUGGAAAGCCCACAGUAAGGGCGAGCAGCGGGCCGAACUUGCAAAGAAAUACACCCCGACCAGCAUGGGGAAACAGCCCUCGCCUGUAGGCCCCAACGCGCCUCUCUCGACUCUCAGUCACGACUCACAUCUUAGCUCGAGCGGCGACGGGCAGGGAGGCGUGAGCACGCCGACGCCGGCCAGAGAGCAGGGGCGCACCGAGGCCGCUCUGGGUGGCGGCCUUGCGAGCGUGCAGAACCGCCGUUCCUCGUUUGGUGUUGACUUGGGCGACACGGUGGGGCUGCGAGGCAGCGCGUGCGGGAAGGAGCCUGGGUCGGCGGCUCCUCCACACGGCGGCGAGGAUGGAGAGGCGUUGCGUCGUCUCUCGGGAUCCUCAGCGGCAGGGAACGAGAAGCUGCCGAAGAAGGGCGAGGACCGACGGGCAGAAGGCCCUCCUGGCGCAGCGACGAACUCGACGCGGAGUUUCGAGAAGGGCCGAGAAGCCGUGAAAAGCCCUGUUGGCGACGUGGCGGGUCCGAAUGCUGUCCUCUUUCCUCGACUUCAGCGUUUGUCUCCGCUGCCGAAGGGAUCAAAGGGAGCGCUUCGUGACGCAGAAGGGAAGGCCACAUGCGGCGGGAAGGGAGGGGCCGAGAAGUCCAGCAGCUCCGCCGGCUCGGAGAAAAACCCGCCUGACGUCGAGAAGGAAUGCACUUGCUCGUGCCCAUCUUUAGGUUCGUGGCGAGAAAACGGGGCGUGGCGUGGCGCAGGCGCGUGGGGCGGGUCUCUGUCGCAGAAAGCCUCAGACCCAUCCGUGCCUCUCACGCCUGGACAGCCAGGAGAGGAGGGAAAGGGGAAGAGCUGCGCAGUGACGGCUCAGCAGACGGCCGCGACGGGAACGGUUGGAGCGGAAGGCAUCGGCCCCGCGAAUGUCUUUCUGCCUGACGGAUCCCUCGACCUCGACCUCUUCAAGGUGUUCCCCUGUCGAAAUCGGAAUGUUCUCCACGAACGCAAGAGCUGCCCGUUCUACCACAACUACCGAGACAAACGCAGGGCCCCCGUGACUUACCAGGCGGAGCAGUGCGAGGAACAGUUCGACCUGGACACCACGACGAUCCAGUGCAGCAAAGGAGACAACUGCGAGCGAUGUCACAACCGCCACGAGUUGCUUUACCACCCAAACAUCUACAAGCAACGCUUCUGUUCGAACUUUUCCAAGAAUGAGAAGAACGGGUUGACGGCCUGUGCGCGCGGCGUGUUUUGUGCCUUCGCUCACUCGCGGGCCGAAAUCCGGGCCACCCUCUUCACGGAGCAGGAAGAAAGGGAGCCGGACUGUCAGUUCUUCGUCGCCAAGUUCAAAACCGUCUGGUGUCCGUACGGCUCCCAGCACGACUGGCACACGUGCGUGUACGCCCACACCUACCAGGACUGUCGUCGCGCCCCUGCCAUCGGUUACGGCUCCGAACCCUGUCCGGCCUGGUCGAAGGAUCUCCACUCGGCGGACUACGACCGGCGAUGUCCACACGGGCAAGUGCCUCUCGGGCGAUUUCUGCAUGCCAACAAACCGCAGAAAUCACCCGUUGUGCAUCUCUAUUUACUCGCUGUCUGUGCAAACCGUUCCAGCAUCCUGGCCCGGCUGACUGCGGCGUCGCGGCGCGCGGGAGCGGCUGCAGGCCUCGGCGGCUCCGAGGGUGCUAACGCGAUGCUGACGGCGGGUAGCCGAACUGGUUCGUCUGAAACUCAACACGUCUGUCGAGGGUCCCACCGCCACAGUGGGCUUGGCGCCGUCGUGCAGUCUUCCGCCUUUCCUUUCUCCGUGGGCGGAGUCAGCGCCGGGCCGCCGCCUGGAUCGUCGCCGAAGGCUCUCCCCGCUCUCUCCAAGGCCAGUGGGGCAAACGCUUGCCUCGCGCCUUCGUCGAAGCCUGCCUCCUGCCGCAGGCGGUCGUCGUCCUCCUCGUACUCGGCGUCGUACGCAGCCUAUGCUCCUCCCCCGUUCCCUUCGUACCCUGCGGGAGCGCAGGGGUCGGAGCUCGUCCAGUUUGGGGCGGCUUCGCCGCUCGAGGCGUGUCAUGCAAACGCUGAGAGCAUGUGCGACGCCGUUGAGGUGAGCGACGAAGGCCUGCAUGCGCUGCCUCGGAAGGACGAGCGACGACGCAUCGCCCCUUCCUGGUCUGCAACCCUGGCCGUCGAAGCCAGAGACGAGAGCAGGCAGAAGGCUCCAGCCCGACGGUUGUCUCGAGGGUCCGUCCACGAGUUCCUGUCCGGCGCGGGGGCCUCCUACAGAGACGGCAGCGGCUCUUCUCAAGGGGACAGGAGAGAAAAUCUCCAAAGCUGGAGCGAGCCGGCGUCGUGUUUUCCGCCAUCGUUCCAACCCGCUGGCGGCCGUCUUGCCUCCGCGAACCGCGAGAAGACGCAAGAGCAUCUGCUCCUCCAGGUUGCUGCGAUGCUGCUGAACGGGUCGUCUCGAGAGAGCGAGGCAGAGAACUUCGCGCCUGCACAUGCAGGAGAGCACAACGGCGGCGAGGAGCUUCAGGGGCAUACCUUCUCUGCUGAAAACGCCGAAGUGUCUUCGCUUUUCGCUCCACACACUCACGACUUCAUGGGCCUCUGUGCGUCUCUAAGCAACCGACCGGGCUUCUCGGGGCACCACUCGGCCGAGGACGACAGCAACUCUGGCACAGACUAUGCACCCUCAGUGCUGUUCACACCCCACAGCGGAGAGGAGGGCGGCAGGCCGGGAGCGAUCGAAGGCCCGAGAGACACGUUCUCUCUCGGUUCGUCCUUCUUUCCGGCCGCCUUCCCCGGGGACAGCCUGCCGUCUGGCUUAUCGGACGCAGCGCCGGAAGAGAGAGCGAAGGACGAAGGGGCGUUGUUUUUCUCGGGCGCGGGUUCGAGAAGGGGUGGCCAGGCGGACUUGCGAGCACGCGUCGCGGCAGCGAACGGCCCUUCGGACGCCUUCGCGCGAGAGAGACUCGCAGGCGAAGGCCUGGACACGAGUGCGUUGCUCCUGCCUCUUGCCGUGGCGCCUCUGUCGUCUUCGUCUCCGCCUUUUGUGUCAUCUGGAGGGCAUCCGCCGGUGUCCUCGGGCGAGUCUGGUCGUCCCGCAGCGGCUCUCCGAACGGCCCGGAGUUCAGAGGAACUCGAGGAGAGAGACAGAGACGAGGCGGAGGCGUGGAGCGUCAGCACGGAAGGCUGCAGACGGCACGGCAAGGGAGGCCCCACGGCUUCUCAAGGAGAUCUCUGGUCUUCACCGUCGUUAGAGACACUUGCGUCGAGAGGGGACGGGGGCGAACAAGACGGUGGAUCGAGACCGCUCGAAAGAAACAGUGCGGCCUCCGCGCGUGGCCGCCGCUUCAUGCGUCUCUUCGACAACGGAAGUUUGUGGGGCCCUUCCACGGGUCGUCCAAAACCUUUGGCGACCGAGCCGAACGACGCGCAGCAGUUCGCCUCGCUGUCGUUUUCGUCUUCUCUUUCUUCCUCGCCUCCGGGCUUGCUCGUCCCUGACGGCGCAGAAGCGCCGGGCCAAGCGCGCGUGGCCGAGAGGCCGUCGCCCCACAACCUCGCGAUCUCGAUUCUCCAUUCUUCGCCGCCCAGGAGGAAAGGCAACUUGUGGGGAACCGACGAAGAGAACGGCACCGCAACGAAUCUGCCGUCGACUUCGUUGCCAGGGUCGUAUUCCUUUGAGAGCAGAAAGUCUGGAGAUACCUUCGUUGCCUCCUCGUUUUCCGUCGUGUCGCCGGCCGGCGUACAUCCCGAAGACUCCCAGCGCGAUUCCACCGGAAACCGCGGGCGGCGUGCCCCGCGCGAAGAGCCCAGUUGUCCCUCCGCUGUGGCCAGCUUGUGGGGUGUUGAGUGGAGGUCCAUGGAGGAGGAGACAGGAGCGCCGUCCGCGUGGGCCCCCCUCGCCUCCUCGGCUCCGCCGGGGCUGCUUCGGCCCGCCGUGCUCAAGGGCCGGCGGGGCGCAACCGAGAGCCCGGAGGAGGGCGAGGCGUCUUGCGGCUCUGGUGAGGCCUCGUCUGGGCUGGCGAGCGCGUUCGCGAGCGACGCCGACGUGAAUCCGCCAGCGACCGUCUUGGCAGGAAGAAGCGCGUCGCCGGCGCCAUCCUCGUUUUCGAACGACGCCCUCGAAGAAGAGAAAGAAGAAGACCUGGCCCGAAUCCCAACCGCUGCAGUGACGGCAGUUGAGACUGCCGCCGUGGCUUUGUGGGGGGCAUUCGACGAAGAAGAAGACGAGCGCAAGAGGGAUUUUUCGGUGUCUUCGUCGUCUGUCGCUCUCUCUGCCUCGCGAAAAGCUGAAGAAGGCGAAGAGAGGAAUCUGUUCCACAAAAAGCUGUCUUUCCUCGAGGAAGCGAUGAGCGCGCUGUGGAAAAUGAAACGCAGUGGACACGCGCAAGUGGCUGAAGAAGAUCCUGUCGACGGGAAGGCGGUCGAUGCAGACGGAGACCGGUGGCAGGGUGAGGCAAAGCACAUUCCAGCUAGGGACGUGGAGGGGAGGCGACAGGCGAGGAGCAAGGUUGACAGAACGGCAGUUCUUGCAGUGUCCGUGAAAGACCGAAACGCGCAGCUCGCGUGCCUCAAAUCCCUUCUCGGUCUCCUGGCAUGGCACAACGUGAUUCUGUAUGUGACCGACCCGAGCCGAGAAGAGAAGGGAAAGCCCGAGGAUGCCUCUCCGGAGUCUCCCGUGCUCCAGGCUCUUGCAACCCUCAAGGUGACAGCUCGCUACCACGUCUCUCACCUUCGCGAGGAAGAACUCACUGAGCAAAUUCUCGAAGGGGCGUUGUCGAAGGAGACUGAGAAAGGCCACCGCUUGCUGGUUGUUCACGGACGGCGCGUUUUUGACGAGAGGCCAAAGGACGCUGACGCCCAGGCUCCGACGCAGGCACAGACAAAGGACGUAGAAAACACACUGCCGUCUCGCAAGAAUCCUUGCUCUCUCUUCGGGCUUCUUCGCCUCCAGAGGCAGCAGCCAGUCGACGCGAGACACUGGGAGAAGGAGACGCUCGCCGUCGUCGGCCUCCACAGCGCUCCUGCCGACUUUUGGCGAACAUGCCGCGAAGAGAAGCUCACUCUUGGUGGUCUCGCACCGAAACCCAUGAGAGCGGAGCAGUCAGACCCUGCCGCGCGGUCCCUGCUGUCCGCCGCUCCUUUGCCGGGGGACCGUGCGCCAGGAACUCGGCAGCCUGUCGGACCUGUUGGGUCCGAGCACCGGACCAGCGAAGAAGAGGCGGCGCCUAAGCGUCUGUCUUUUUCUUGUUGGCCGACAGUUGCCGUUCACUUGGUUGUUUCGCCGUCCCCACGCGCCCUCCUGCAAAGCGAAGGCAUCCCCGAAGGCGAGGUCAGAGACGCGUAUGACUUUAGGACGGGCUCUCUGCUUCCGUCUGCUUCACUGCCGCUUUGGUCGUGUCUCUUCGGCUCGCUGGCACCGUCUCGUCUGUCGCCGUGCGCGCCGUCGCUGCGGGCCCUGCCUUCCUCGCCCGACAUCACUUCCUCGCGGGCGUCUCUCGACCGCUCGUCGUCAUGCCCCGACUUUCUUCCAGAGAGUGGGAAACCCUGUUUCGCUCCUCGCACCCCGUCGCCCAGCCGCAGCGUAGGCGAAGACCUCACCGCGGCGACAGCUGCAGGGACGGUUACCUCGGCGUCUCCCGCGUCGUCGGUCUCUUCGCUUCCCUCCGUUUCCGAGUUUCUUUCUCUCUCCCCCUCGCUCCGUCCCCACUGUCACGACCGCUCCUCCUCUCAGUCGAGCCCGCUCACACUGCCUCUACUGCUCUCGACGCCGCCUGCCUCCUCGACGGUUGCCGGGGCCUCGGGCGCGUCUGUGUUCUGGGGCGCGUCGAGUCUGCAGGUGAGACGCCCCGCUCGCGAGAUCCUCGCGCCCACUUCCGGCGACGAUCGCAGCGUGUCUGGAGAGACGGCGAUGACCACGGAGACGGCGGCCUCGUCGGCUGCUCUGUCGGACGCGCGGGCCGGCGAAGAUGGGCCAGAGUGUGGCGGCGAGAAGGAGGGACGGAAAGCCGCGGCGACGGGGACAGCCGCGAAGCCGCGAAGUGGGAAGAAGGCGACGGUGCAACGCGAGCAGAGCGUCGAGGACGGAUCGCUAACAGCGAAACGCUGGGCUCAAGUGCACGAGGGAAGAGACUCGGACAGUCAGUGGCGAAGCCAAAAGGGGAUCGAGGCAGGAGAACUUUUCGGUGAACUACUCGUGAGGGAAAUGUGCGUCCUCGCCGAGGCCCUGAGAAAAGAAGCUGCGGACGCCGAGAAAGAAGACCGUGACGGUCGGUUGGUUUUCUGCUGGGCGCCAUCGAGCGAAGAACAAACUGGCCAGGAGACAAGCUGCGAGCGUCUUCGAGCCCCUAGAGAUGUCGCGACCAACCUUCGACACUUCGCCAAGGACUCAGUAGCAUCGGCAUCGCCCGCGGCUUCGUCUCUCAGGUUGCUCUCGCGGUCUCUGGUGCCUUCGCUCGGUCACGUUCAGCGCUUGCUGCUGUUGGUCUCUGUGCGCGCGGAUGCUCGCCUCGACGGCGCGCGCAUGUUCAGCCGCCUGUCGGCGUGCUCCGCAGACUCGGUGUUUGUCCUUCCCGCGGGCUCCUGGUCAUCUCCGGGCGCGGAGAGCGCGGAGGCGAAGAAGCGAGCUGAGGGCGAGGAAGGCGUCAAGACACGCCGACAGCCCCUCGCGGCUGGGUCCACCCUCGCGGUCUGUCUACGCGAGUCUCCAGCUGCAGCAGCGGCUCAACGGGUAGAGGCGAAUUCGUCUUUCGGUGUUGCGUCUUCUCUCUCUGCCUCGCCAGAAACGCGAUGUCUCACUUUGGCGCAGCUGGUGAGCGGCUGCUCCGGUGCGCUACGUUUAGAUCUAUCGCGUUUCUCUCCGCUUGGGAACUCUCUCUUCAAGGAAGAAGAGUGCGGAGUUCGUCCAAUGCGGCUCGAUGUGUCCGAACUGGUCGCAGCCACGAAGAGAGAGGCGAGCGAAAGGCGGGUAGAAAGCCCUCGAGACAGUCGGAAGAAGGCAAACUCCGAGGAAGGCGAAAUCGCGGAUCUGUGGUGCGCACUGUGUGGCGAGGCGAUUGAGAGGCAACCCGAAGAUCUUGGCAGCAACCGGGAGACGACAGACCAAAUCGUGGCGACGGCAGCCGGACGAACAGAAGUGUGUUGCUUCGUUAGAUGUGGGUACACCCCAGAAGACCCGGAAAGAGAGCUAGACUGUCCUCACGUCUUUCACCGUUCUUGUCUCGACCAGUUUUUGGUGGGGCCGCAGUUCACACGGGCAGGAGGCAGGUGCUUCUGCCGCUCCUUUGUUCCACGGGGCCCGCUCUCUUGGCCAUCCCUCGCACCUUGCGAGACCGGGACGGGACGGCAGACUGCCUCGCAGCCCACGUCGCAAAGACGGUCGAGUUCGUUUCAAGCGUCAAUGUCUUCCUCGCGGGAGAACCAGAACUCAUGCCUCGGCGUUUCUCCUCUGAAGUUUCUGCCGGCUUCCAGUGGCAGCGCCUCCCGUCGCACAGACGAUCCAUCGGACGGCCUCCCGGAGUUGCGAGCGCCGCAUGAGUUUGAAGAGAGCAUCUGCAGUUCGUUCUUCCCUUUCGGCCAAGACGCGAGUGCGAUCUCCCCCUCCGCGGCCUCGUCCCACGACGCAGCGCUGCUCGAAGGGAGCGAGGAGGAUGCCGCGGUAACUUCCCCGCGCCUGUGCGGGGGCGUCCCUACACCUGGAAGUCCGCGAUACGGCACGGUGCCGAGGGGCCUCGUGACGCCGGCGCACCUCCCGGCGCUUCUGCGCGAGCUUCUUGUGGGGCUCUCUCAAGUACAAGACCUGCAUGUGCACGUGGCUCUGCGCGAGAGAACCAGAAAGGUGUUUGCUGAGGAGACUGGGAGCGCCGGGGACAGCAACGGCAAAGGAAUCGAGAAGGCGCAAAAGGAAGGGGAUGAGAAAGGCCGAGAAAGGCGGAUCGAGUGGUGUGUCUCCAGGACUCCCCGCCUCGUGAUUUCGCCCACCGACAUCUGGGUGGCAACCCGCGAGACUUCGCUGGAACGCAGAGAUCCGCACGAGAAGGCGACCGCCGUUUCAACUUGCGUCGAUGUGUUGGGUUCUUCGCUGCUGCCAGCGUUUGUGCCGGUCUCCCCUGGAAAGCUGCUGGGACAAUGCCCUCAGCUGUUCCCACACGCCGCAGCUCGCCUCGUUUUAUUCGUCUGUUCCGGUGGAGCUGCCGGCGGGAGGCGAAUGGGCGUACGGGAAGACGCAGCCGCGAUGGACGCGAGCGAGAAAACCCAAGGGGACAGCGGCACGGGAGUAGACCUGCAUGGUGUGUACGACACUGUCUCCGGCUUCCCGCCCCUCCUGCAACAUCUGUUUCUUCUGUUGAGCAGUGGCGGGACGCCCUCAUCGUAUGCCCACCUGCAUCGAGAGAAACGCGAGUUGGCCGGCUUGGCAGAAGACACGGACAAAGUGGAACAGGAAGACAAAGUUGCCUUUCCGGCUUCUUUCCUUCUUCUGUCAGAUGCUGUUCGGCACCAUCCUUUCUUCUGGUCGACUGCACAGAAGCUGGACUUUCUGGACAAAUUGCAGUUUGUUCUCUCCCAUGUUUGCGCAACGCCCCGCGGCGCCUCGCACUUUCUCGCGGCGCCAGCUUCAUCGCUCUGUGCCGCCUCCGUUUCAGAAGAAGGGAUGGCGCGGCGAAGCACGAACCCGAAGCACCAGAAAGAGUGGCGAGCGUGUGUCGAGAAACUGGCGGAAGGGUGGCGAGAAAAGGUUCACAGAGACCUUCUUGAAGCUGUGGACACCCCGAUGGCGGGGAGGGCUGGAGCGUGGAGAGCAGCAGAGUGCAAUUUGACGCCGCUGUCGCCUUUUUCAAAUGAUCUUGAGGGGCUCCUGCGGUUCAUCAAGACCCUGCGGACGUGGAGUCUCGUGAUCGGUCUGAAGGUGCUCACCUCUUCUGCAGUCGCGGAUCUCGUUGAGGUGUAUAUCCACCCCACCGGCACGGCUGCCACGACGUGGGAGAGCCCGUCAAAAAGAGGGCCGCGGAUGGCACGUUUCCGGAGAACCAGCGCAUCGACAUUCGAAGACCAGAGAGCGAGACGCAUUCUUCUGCAGAACUUCGACAGCGUGUGUCUCGAACAGAUCCAUCAAGUCCACCCGCGCUUGUUCCUACUUCUUUUCGCCUACGUCACUUCCGCGUUCGAGGGCGACAGCGAAAUGGAGAGCAUAUUUGAUUUCCUGCGCGAGUUCACGCUCUCCAGCAAACCCUUGCGGGAUAGCUUCUGGUUCGAGGCCGUUAUGUGA